AACCACCCUCUUGACUGGGCGCCAUCUUGCAUCCCCUCUCUUGAGGGAGGCAAAGAGACCAUUCGGGUGGGAAAGUCUGGGCGGGAGCUCUUCGGAGGUUUGCUUCCUGGGAUUCCUGACACCCUAAUUUAACGGAUGAGGAAAUUUAAGACCCAGAGAACUAUAGUGACUUGAUCAAGGUCACACAGGUUGUAAGUAGCAGAGGCAGAACUGGAUCCCCUCCCCACGCGCGGCUCUCUCCGGUUGCCUUGGCCUAGUUCUCCGAAAGAGGGAAGCCUUAUUAUAUUACUCUUUCUAAGUCGUUGUUUGAUAUAUUUUCCCGAAUGCUCCGUUGCCACCCCGACCCUUCCUCCUGCCCCACACUCGCUCUCCUUUCUGAUGCUAGAUUCGUGGUCUGACGGCUGAUGGUGGUAGUGUGUUUUCCCCUCCCCUUCCCCCAUACCAGAUAAUGGAGGACACACAAUUGGUGGACUGGGAGGCUCCGGAGGAGGAGCCUGAAGAUCCUAAUGGCUCUCCUCCACGUUUUGGCUUGGAGCCGGUAGGGCGGCUGCACCUGUUCAGCAGUGUUCGAGGACCUGAGAAAGAUUUUCUGCUGUACCCUGGGGAGAAUGUUGUUGGCCGAAUACCAGGCUGUGCUGUGGCUCUGCCUUUUCCAUCCAUCUCCAAGCACCAUGCAAUAAUUGAAAUUCCAGCCCAAGGCAGGGCACCUAUCCUCCGGGAUUGUGGGAGCCUUAAUCAUACACGCCUUCUGAGACCUCCCAAGCUCCUAAGUCCUGGUGUGAGCCACCAGUUAAGGGACCAAGACUUGGUACUCUUUGCUGACCUGCCUUGCCAAUAUCAUCGUCUGGUUGGCAACACAAAUCCUGGCUCCCGGGGGGCUCUGAGUGUGGAAGAGACACCGAGGGUUCCAGGGACAGGGGGACCCCGGUUCCCGGGGACCUUAUUGGCUGAAGACUCAGAGGAAGAAGGAGAUUCUCCUUUGGAUAGGAGUGUAGAAAUACCUGCCACAUACUCCCCCUCCGAAACUGUAGUACCAGAGAGUGAUGUGGAGGGAGCUUCACCAGGCACCAAGGGCGCACUGCCUCUUACUUUCAUUCUGGAUAGUGACACAGAUGAAGAGGAAGAUCCUCCCCCAAUGGAGCCCUCCUUAGCUACCAAGAGAGGCUCUACUGCAGAUAAGGAAUGGAGUAGGACUGGUGGAGAGAAUCACCCCUCAGCUGUGGGGAGGGACAGUGAUAGAGAUGUGGAGAGAGAUGAGGGCAUCAUGACAGUUCCAUCUGGACCACAUCUAAAGGAGAACUUACCUACUGACAGGGACAGUGAUACAGACGCCAAUGAAGAGGGUAGUCUCCAGAGGACCUUAGUUGUAGCACCUUUGGUAGGGACUCAACCUUCUUCCUUGGAAGAUAGUGGUACAGAUGUGGAAGAAGAGGGUCUUUCAGUGAGAUCGGCUAAUGCACACUUGGAAAUGUGCCAGCCUGAUAUGGGGGACAGUGAUACAGAUAUAGAAGAGGACUCUAUUCCAGCAGCGCCACCUGUAGUCCAUCUGGGGAAAGAUCAGGUACCCAAAGGUGGGACAAACAAUACAGAUAUAAAAGAGGAGGGGGCUCCAGCAGAACUCUCCACGAUACAUCUUGAGAAGGACCAGAUGGGAAUUCCUGGUGGGAAUGGGGACAAUGAUACAGAUGCAGAUGACAAUGGAUCUCCGACACAUAUGAAGAAAAGACAGCUUCCAGCUGAAGAGGACAAUGGGGUAGAGUGGGCUCCAGCUGGCGAUCAACUGGAAAGGACCACUAAGAAAGUUGGGACCCAGGGUAGGAUACCUCUAACAGAACUGGAGCAGGGCCUAUCUCCCUUCCCAAGGGUCAGCUCAGUAGGCAUGGUGGUAGAAACAAGCACUCUAGAGAAGUCAGCCCAGGUACUUAAGGAAGGAACCCAGAAUUAUAUAGAAGGGGAUAGUGAUCCAGAUGUGGAAGGUACUGAAGAUGUUCAGAACAAGAGUGAUGAUACUUCAGACCUGGAUUUGCAAGAUACUCAGUGCUUUGUAGAAGAAGCGAAUCAGAACCACAGAGAUGGUCCAGAUGAGCCAUGGGAAAUCUUGUCCACACAGCCAUUCUGCACGGAUCAGUCAGAGGCAUCAGGAACUCAGCCCAUCAACUCUUGUAUUGCAGUCCAUGGAGCUUGCCCCUUCCCACCUAAGACAGCCUCAGACUUACAGCCUGGGAGCACAGAAAAAACAGAUCCCUUGAGGAGUCAAGGCACAGAGAAUCCAAACACAGAGAAGCAGGAACAAACUAUGGAGAAUGACAUGGAGAACCAGGUGAUAGAAAUACAGACACCUACAAUAACACCAGAGAGAAAAAUGGGAAAAGGGACCUUUAAGAGAAAGACAUUGGCAAAUAAGGGAAAGAGAUCCAAGAAAAAAAGAGUGGGUCCAGUGGUACAAGCAGAGAUACCGGAAAGAGGACAGAGACAUAGAGCAGGUAGAGGGAUACAGAAUGUUAUGACAGAGAGAGACAUCAAAAGCUGUGGAGAAACAAAGGCACUAGAGAAGGAAAUGGAGAGACAAACCCCUGGGAAAGACAUAUUUGAGAGACAAGCACCAGAAAAAAUAACUGAGAACCUAGCGGUAGAUGUGAAGAUACCCAGAGAAAUGCUGGAAAAAGAGGCAGAAGGAGAGAUGUCAGAUUAUGGCCAGGAGGUCCAGAAUCCAGUUCCAGUACCAAAAUCCGAAGUUGGGGAAGGGAACCUGCAGGAAUUGGCCUCAAACUCCCAAAUCCUCAGUAAUAGCAGACAUCAGAGAGGCCGAGAUGAUAGUAAAAUUUUGCCUCUUGAGGAAGUGCCAAUGGAUAACCAGGAUUCCUCACAUGUACCUCAUGUAGCAUCUAAAGUUCCAGUCCCUGAAGCUCCAGCCCCUACUUCAACUCCCAGAAUCACCCGGAGCCAAAACAGGAGAACAUCCAAACCACUCCAUUCUUCUUCCUCUCCAGCUUCCCAGGAAUCACCAGUCUUGGGGACAACACGAAGCAGGAGACAGGGGAUUCUCCUGGCCCCAAAUAUUGAGCCUCUCCCUCAAGAUUCUAGAGACAGAUCAGAGUCUUUUCAGAGCCAGACACAGAAGCCUUUCAGUACCUCCUCUGCACCAACUGCUCCUUUGGCUCCAGAGCUCCACCCUCCCAACCCUAAAGAAUUGCCUGUAAUUCCUGAACCCCGCCUUCAGGCUCGUCAAAGCCGGAAACGGGGGACUACUUGUGAGUCAUCCACGGUUGCAUCAGUCCUCCCCGAGCACCCCCCUUCCAUUCCAACAGAGAGAUCUGAAACUCUUGUGCCCCCACUCAGGGUUCUCCGAAGUCAGAGAGCAGUGGUAGGAGAAACUUCUGAGUCACUCACAGCCACCCCAGAGCCCUCCAAUUCUCUGACACCAGAGGCACCUGCCCCUCGAGCUACCCGAAGCCAAAGGGUAGGGGCUGUAGGCUCUACCCCAGAGACCCAGCCCAGGCUUCCAGGCCGCAAACGGCCUCCAGCUACCAAGGAACCAUCUCCAUGCUCCAAGAAACCCCGGAGAGGUCGGUCCCAGAGACAAGAAUCCAGCAAGGAAGAGGAAGAUGAGAAGCCAGUGGAAGUUGAGACUGCAGUAAAGACCCCUGUGGGGGUUGCAGAACCAGCAGUCCAGGCAAAGAAGGAGGUCAAGGGAACGCCUAGCCGAAGCCUUCGGCGAGCUAGACUCAGUCGAGAAUCAAGAACUCCCAAGGUGCUCUUCACAGGUGUGGUGGACUCGAGAGGAGAGCAGGCUGUGCUCGCACUGGGUGGAAGUCUGGCCAAUUCGGUGGCAGAAGCCUCACACUUGGUGACAGAUAGAGUUAGACGUACAGUCAAAUUCCUAUGUGCCCUGGGCCGGGGGAUACCCAUUCUGUCUCUGGAAUGGUUGCACCAGUCCCGAAAGGCUGGCCGAUUCCUGCCACCUGAUGAAUUUGUAGUGAACGAUCCUGAGCAGGAGAAGAAUUUUGGUUUCAGCCUUCGUGAGGCACUAAGGCGUGCUCAGGAGCGGGGCCUGCUGGAGGGCUAUGAGAUCUAUGUGACCCCUGGAGUUCAGCCCCCACCUCCCCAAAUGGGAGAGAUCAUCACAUGCUGUGGGGGCACUGCACUUCCUUCCAUGCCACGGGUCUAUAAGCCCCAGAGACUAGUGAUUUCAUGUGCCCAGGACCUCUCGAGAUGCUCUGCUGCUGCUCGGGUUAAGCUGCCCCUCCUUUCCCCAGAAUUCCUGCUCACUGGGGUGCUGAGGCAGGAAGCCCAGCUGGAAGCAUUCCUCCUCUCAACUUCAGACCCUUUGCCUUCCUAAUACCCUCAAGUCCUUCUCCUACUCCCACUGUGUUGCCCACACUGUUGAAUACACAGACUAUUAAAUAAACUAUUUAGAA